AUGUCUCCACCUACAGAGGAGAAAAGGGAAGGCAUUCCUAGAAAAGUUGAGACAGUGGAAGAGAUUCUUAUCAAAUGUGAAUGUUGGGUCAAGAAGGAUAAUGAAGAGAGAUUAGCUGAAAUUUUAUCGAUAAACUCACGUAGAUCGCCUCCUAAGUUUUAUGUCCAUUACGUUGAUUUCAAUAAACGUUUAGAUGAAUGGAUCACUACGGACAGAAUUAAUUUGGAGAAAGAUGUUAUCUUUGCGAGACCUAAGGAGAUCGAAGAGGAACAAACUCCAAAGAAGAAGCUGAAGAAACGUAAGAAACAAUCAGGAGCUGGUCAAGAGACAACUUCUGCUGUCGCAUCAGAUGAUGAGAAGAUAAAAUCAGAGACUCCAGAGAGUACCGGUGUGAUGGAUUUAGACAAUUUAAAUGUGCAAGGUCUUCGUGAUGAAGAGAUAACGAGAGAGGAAGAGAUAAAAAAAUUGAGAACUUCUGGGUCAAUGACGCAAAAUCCACAUGAAGUUGCAAGAGUCAGGAACUUAAGCAAAGUUAUCAUGGGUAUGUAUGAAAUUGAACCAUGGUAUUUUUCUCCCUAUCCGAUUGAAUUGACAGACUUAGACACUAUAUAUAUCGAUGACUUUACUCUAGAAUAUUUUGGAUCAAAAAAACAGUACGAAAGAAACAGAAAGAAAUCAACACUUAGACAUCCACCAGGAAAUGAAAUUUAUAGAGACGAUUUUGUGUCAUUUUUUGAAAUUGAUGGAAAGAAACAAAGGACGUGGUGCAGAAAUUUAUGUUUGCUUUCAAAAUUAUUCUUGGAUCAUAAAACAUUAUACUAUGAUGUCGAUCCAUUUUUAUUUUAUUGUAUGACACGAAAGGAUGAAUUGGGCCAUCAUUUGGUCGGAUACUUUUCAAAGGAAAAGGAAUCUGCUGAAGGUUAUAAUUUAGCAUGUAUUCUAACUCUACCACAAUACCAGAGAAUGGGUUAUGGUAAAUUAUUAAUUCAAUUUUCAUAUGAAUUAUCAAAGAUCGAGGGUAAAGUCGGUUCUCCAGAAAAACCACUAUCUGAUUUGGGUCUGUUGUCUUACAGAGCAUAUUGGGCUGAAGUGUUAAUAAAUACUUUAGUUGAGCAUAGUAAUGAAAUAACAAUCGAUGAAAUCAGUUCUAUAACUUCAAUGACUACUACAGAUAUACUGCAUACGGCCAAAACUUUGAAUAUUUUAAGGUAUUAUAAAGGUCAACAUAUUAUAUUUUUAAGUCAAGAGGUUCUAGAUAAAUAUAAUCAAAUGAAGGAAAAGAAGAGGAGAUCUAUUAAUCCCCAAUACUUAAAUUGGGUUCCACCUGUAUUUACAGCGGCACAAUUAAGAUUUGCAUGGUAA